AUGGGAAAACUCGUGCGUAUUGAAGUAGAGAACUUCAAAUCAUACAAAGGAAAUCAAGUUAUAGGACCUUUCCAUAAAUUUACCAGUGUGAUUGGUCCCAAUGGUUCUGGAAAAUCCAAUUUGAUGGACGCCAUCUCAUUUGUCCUUGGUGUUCAUGCUGUUCAUCUGCGCUCACAAAAUCUUAAAGACAUGAUUUACCGCUCAAGUGCGUUGCGCGAAGAUGAUAACACACCUUCAACAAUACGCUCCCCGCGUCGCGCUCAUGUUCUGGCUGUUUACGAAAAUGACCAUGGGCAUGAAAUCAAGUUUAUGCGCAUCGUCAACUCUAAUGGACAAUCGGAAUACCGACUAAACGAUAGACAGGUCAGCUACGCAGAUUACAAUAAAGCACUCGAGAAAGAAAAUAUCUUGGUGAAAGCCAAAAACUUUUUGGUUUUCCAAGGUGAUGUCGAGUCUGUUGCCAGUCAGAAUCCUAAAGACCUCACACGUCUUAUUGAACAAAUUAGCGGCUCAUGGGAUUUUAAGGAAGAGUAUGAGACACUUCAAAAAGAACAGGAAAGAGCCAUUGAGAACAGUGCGCAUGCAUUUAACAAGAAACGUGGUGUUUCAUCAGAGAUUAAGCAGUAUCAGGAACAAAAGACCGAAGCCGAGCGAUUUGAGGCUUUGGUAGAUGAGCGCAAACAGCUUGUUGUACAAUAUCUGCUUUGGAAGCUAUUCCAUGUAGAACAAAAGAUACAUGUUCUUGAAGCAGAUGCGGAAAAGAAGAAAAUUUCUGCAGAGGGUGCAACCGAAGAUCAGCUUAAACUUGAAGAUCAAUUCAAGAUGGCUAGAAAAGAGCAAGCAUCUAUUCAUAUGGAACGUACUCGACGAGAAUUACAGAUUAAAAAGAUUAAUAACGAUCUUAAUGAGUUGCGUCCAGCUACGAUUGGCAUGGAUGAGAAGGCUAUCCACCUUCAAAAGAGACUUGAGCAAACAAAGACCAACGGUGAACGUGUGAAACGUGAUCAUGACAAGCAAUUGGAGGUAGUUAAGGGACUGGAACAAGAUUUGGAGAAUCUUAACAUAGAAAGCACGUCUUAUGAAGGUAAAUUCAUAACAAAUAGAACAAAACAACAACUUUUUCUCUCUGAAUUUUGUCUAAAGCAAAUAAUAAAAUUAAUUAGCCAAUUUGCCAAAUACCGAUAUUCCCCCAUAGAAGCAGUUGAAGAACAGCAGCAGCUCCAUAAUUUACAACGUCAACGUAAGAUGGAACUUGAGGAUGUUGAGCGUAAACGGUCCAAAUUAGAAGAGAAUAAAACUCGCUUGGCACAAUUGGCCGAAGACAGCCGGCAGAUCACCGAAGAUGGCACAAUUUUGACUGGCGACCUUCAGGCCUUAACGAAACAACUCACCAUCCGUAAGCAAGAAGCCAACGCAUUGGUCCGUGAACAAGUCGAAUUAAACGAAAGGCUGCAAGUAACCCUUAACAAACUUCUGGAAGUUAAUGCUGAUAGACGCGAGUCUGAAAAAGAAAGACGAGCAAAUGAAAGUCUUGCUAUGAUGAAGCAGAUAUUCCCAGGUGUUCACGGGAAACUUGUUGAUCUCUGCAGACCUACUCAGCGCAAAUAUGAAGAGGCUGUAGCUACAACUAUGGGUAAGACCAUGGAAUCCAUUGUAGUUGACGAUCAAAAGACAGCAAUGGAGUGUAUUCAGUACAUGCGAGAGCAACGUGUGGGAACAGCUACUUUCUUACCAUUGAACGGCCUUAGCGUGCCAUCUAUCAAUGAUAGAUUCCGCAAUUAUACUCGAGGUGCUCGUUUGGCGUUUGAUGUAAUUCAGUACGACAAGCAAUACGAAUCAGUUGUACAAUAUGCAUGCGGAAACACUCUUGUAUGUGAUACAAUCGCUAUCGCAAAAAAUAUAUGCUACGAAAAAAACGAGGAUGUCAAGGCGGUAACUUUGGAUGGCACAGUUAUUCACCGCAGUGGUCUCAUGACCGGUGGCCAAACCAGCUCACAGAGAUCCAGCAGAUGGAGCGAACGUGAUGUUGAAGACUUGAUGCGUACUCGCGACAAGCUCAUGGCUGAAUUGAAUGAACUCAGUAAACAGAAACGUAUGGGUAGUGCCGAAGAGCAAGCCAAGAGCGACUGUGCUGGCUUACAAACCCAAUUGGAGGUUCUACAAGAAGAGAUUACUGCUGCCGAACAUAGAUUGAUGGAUGUUAACAGAGAAGCACAGCAUUUGCAAACUAAUAUCGCAAACAGUGAGCCUUUGCUGGAAAAGGCCAAAAAGGACUUGGAAACUAUUAAUAUAUCAAUUGAACAAGUAGAAGACAGGUUGGCUGUGAUUGAAGAUAGAAUAUUUUCUGGAUUCUGCUCUAGCAUUGGUGUCCGCACAAUUCGUGAAUACGAGUCUCUUCAAUUCGGUUUGAGUGAAAAAAUUGUUGAGCGUCGUGCUCAGUUCUCUGCCCAACGCUCACGUCUUGAAACACAAUUAUCUUUCGAAAGAGAACAACUUGGUGAUCUUGCUGAGCGUCUGAUAAAGCUGGAAACCCUUUUCACCCAAGAUACCGAGGCGUUGGCUCAAUUGGAGCUCGCAAGAGAAGACUUGAACAAAAAGAUCAGAGAGUUUACUGUCGAUCUUUCCAAGUUCACAACUGAAUUGAAAGAACAAACUCAGCUCGAAGAUGAAAAACAAAGAAAUAUUGAACAAUUGAGAAGAGACCUCGAGAGUAAGGGUCAGGAUGUAAACGGCUACCUCAAAGAAAUGGCCAAGUUUGAAACCGAGGUCGAAAAGGUCCACGCCGAACGUGUUUCGAUUUUCAGAAAAUGCAAGCUUGAAGAGAUUGUUCUUCCUCUUCUUAGAGGCAACAUGGAAGAUCUACUGGUGGAUGAAGUUGCAACUCAAAGUUCCGAUAGCAUGGAUGUCGAUCAACCUUCACAGAGAUCUAUCAGAUCAUCUGAUUGGGAAGUUGCAAUUGACUUUAGUCCUUUGGGCAGUGAGCAACGUAACAAUGGGGACUCUCGCCUUGAACGCGAGUUCCAGGCCGAGAUCAAAGAGCGUAGCAUUCAAAUUGACCAGAUGGCCCCUAAUCUCAAGGCUAUUGCUCGUCUGGAAGGUGUCGAACAAAGACUUCAGGAUGCCGAAGAUGCUUUUGAUACUGCCCGUACAAUCACCAAGCAAGCAAAAGAAAAGUUUAACACUGUCAAGCAAAAAAGAUACAAGGCCUUUUAUGAUGCCUUUAGUCAUAUUUCUGAGCAGAUUGACAGAGUCUAUAAAGAUCUCACCAAGAGCGCAACCUUCCCUCUCGGUGGUGUUGCUUACCUGAGCCUUGAAGACUCUGAUGAACCUUAUCUCGAAGGUAUCAAGUACCAUGCUAUGCCACCUAUGAAGCGUUUCCGUGAUAUGGAAUUGCUGUCUGGUGGUGAGAAGAGUGUGGCUGCACUAGCCCUCUUGUUAGCUAUCCACAGUUAUCGACCUUCUCCGUUCUUUGUUUUGGAUGAAGUUGAUGCAGCAUUAGACAACACUAAUGUGGCCAUGGUGGCCAAUUAUAUCUGUCAACAUGCCAGCGACAGCUUCCAAUUUAUCGUCAUUUCUCUUAAAAACACUCUAUAUGAAAAGGCAGAUAGCUUAGUCGGUAUCUACCGUGAUCAAGAAGCCAAUUCAAGCAAGACACUAACAUUGAAGUUGGAUCAAUACCAAGAUUGAGAGAGAAAACAUAAAAGAGAAUCUUCUUUGCCCAAGAGAAACCUGAGACUAUAUUGUAAAUAAAAGAGAAAGAGAGACCUGACAUGAGAGAGAAGUUUUUUUUUUCCAUGAAAAUGAUGUGUAUAUUAUGUGUACCUUUGUUUUUUUUUAAAAGAAAAAUACAAACAAGAAGUUGGGGUAAAAAAAAUGUGAAUAUAAAAUUUACUUUU